AUGUCCGAUAUUCAGGAUAGAAUCGCUGCUGCUAGGCGAGAGGCUGAGGGGCUUAAAGCGAAGAUUAAGAUCAAGAAGGAGGAGCUGGCAGACGCUGAUUUGCGCCAACUGGCGAAAGAGACACUUGAACCCCUACCACGUACCAAUAUGAAAGUCCGAAAGACACUGAAGGGCCAUCUCGCAAAGAUCUAUGCGAUGCAUUGGUCAACAGACAGGAGACAUUUAGUGUCAGCCUCACAAGAUGGUAAACUUAUCAUCUGGGAUGCUUACACCACCAAUAAAGUGCAUGCCAUCCCACUCCGCUCAUCAUGGGUGAUGACCUGUGCGUACGCUCCUAGUGGGAACUAUGUUGCAUGCGGUGGUCUGGACAAUAUUUGUUCAGUUUAUAAUCUUUCUUCAAGAGAUGGGCCCACACGUGUUGCACGUGAGCUCUCUGGGCACUCUGGAUACCUCUCGUGCUGUAGGUUUAUCAACGACAGGAGGAUCCUCACAUCGUCCGGAGAUAUGACCUGUAUGCUUUGGGACAUCGACACGGGUGCCAAGAUCACGGAAUUUUCUGACCAUCUUGGGGACGUAAUGAGUCUCAGUAUCAAUCCAACAAAUCAGAACAUAUUCGUUUCUGGUGCUUGUGAUGCCUUUGCGAAGUUGUGGGAUAUCCGUACUGGAAAGGCUGUUCAGACCUUUGCUGGUCAUGAAUCGGAUAUCAAUGCUGUUCAGUUCUUCCCUGACGGAAACGCUUUCGGAACUGGUUCUGACGAUGCAACUUGCCGGUUGUUUGAUAUUCGUGCUGAUAGAGAGCUAAACACAUAUUCGUCUGAUCAAAUCUUGUGCGGUAUUACAUCGGUUGCGUUUUCGGUUUCAGGCCGAUUACUGUUUGCGGGAUAUGACGAUUUCGAGUGCAAAGUGAGUAUUGGAACUUAUUUCAACAUCCCUAGCAACACUCUAAACCCUUAUGUCCAAAAAGGACACUCUAUCUUCAAUGAUUUCAGCCGCUAA